AUGGAAGUAAAUAUAUACUUUCUGCUCGCCCUCGUGGUGUUGGCAACAGUCUCUUUACCAGGAUCAGCCAUCACCAACACUGCCUCUGGACAAACAAGGGAGCGUCGCUCUUUCAAGGCGCUAACUGCCAAGAAGAUUCCGGUCAUCGGUUCACUAUUCGCCGGUAAAAAGCUGCCCAUCGUUGGUUCAUUGUUUGGUGAGGAAGAAACACCUGAAAUUCCACAUUUAGGAAAGUAUCCGUUAUGGAAAAUUCACAGAUACAACGGUAUUGAAUUACGCCCCGUUCCAUUACCAGGAGAUCACACUCCUCUUCACCCAGUGUUUCCUAUAGUACCGGAGGAAGCACCUUCUAUAGUAAACGUACCUGAUCCUAACUAUGCUAUUCAUACAGUGACACCUCCACCGACUGAAUAUGGUCUUCCGCAUAAUCAUGCUCCCUAUUCUCCACAAGUAGAUCAUUCUGGUCCCUACCCUCCACCAAAUAUUCCAUCUGGACCAUAUCCUGCUGAAAAUUCGCCUUCAGGUCCGUAUUCACCUUCAAAUUCUCCACCAGGACCAUACCCUUCAACAAAUAUCCCCACAGAACCCCACUCUGUAAUCUACAAUGCUCAACUGCCUUCAAGGGCUCCGAGAGGUCCUGCAACUGCCAGCGCUAGUGCCCAAGCGAGUUCAUCAGGAUUCUCAUCAUCUGAUUCUUCAGCAAAUGUGCAGACUUCUUAUGCGGCUGAACAUAAUGUUGAAGAUUUAGGUAAUCUUCAAGAUUUGCAUAAUGUCCUUCCACCAGAAUUGUACCAAAUGAUGCAACAGUAUAUCUCCACACCUGCAGGGCGGGAAAGGGUUGGCGCGCUCUUAGGAAUAGCUGAAAAAGCAAAGAAGCUGAAGAGGAAUACGGCCCGUUCAAUCCAAGGAAUAUUUCAAAAAUUUUUCGGUGGUGCUGGAGGCUCGACAAACGUUGCACUGCAAAGUGGAACAUACACGAACAUACCUGCGCCAUACCCAGCACCUCAAGGCAUAUUUAAUAGUUUCGGAUCAGUAGGAACCGGAAUAUCUGGAGAUUUGUUGCCAUCUCUCCCCAAGGAUCCGGAACUCCCAGAAAUACCAGGGUUGCAAGCCACACCACCCGUUCCGGGAUUACCUCAUAUCCAUUUACCAGCCAUCAGCCAAGUGCCAGCGAGCCAUACCGGAAAUCAUUACGUCAGCAUUAGGCUGCCGCAAGCUCCGGAGCUUCCACCAAUACACCAUAGUUUCCCAGAACAACACGCUCCAUCGUACAGUUUACCAGCUGAAACUUACGGCCCUCCUUUUAAAACUACAGGGGUAUCUGCAGAAUCAUACAACGCUCACGCUCAUACGUACAGUGCUCCUCAGAUACCUUCCACAUCGUACGGAGUUCCUUCUGGACCGGUAUACCCAUACCAACCCCACACCCCAGCGACAACACCGUACCACGCUCCUCAACAGUCAUAUGAAGUUCCGACUGAUUCUUUCUCGGCAGGUUCAGAGAUCAAUGUCCAUACAGAGCCUCUACAGAAAGGAUUGGCGGAAGAAGUGGUAAAUGGAACACACGAAUUCUUGAAUACAACAAAACUUCACCGAGUGCAGAACUCCCAGUCCUUCCUUGGAGAAGACAUGAGGAUAUAUCUGGACAGUGACCACCCAGCAGCAUUUACCCCUUCUCAAGAGAUUGACAUCAAUGAUAACCAAUAUGACUUUGGGGAAUUUACGGGAAUUCUCAGAGACCAGGCGCUGCGAGAGUCUGGGAGCUACCGAAGAACAGUACAACCAUCUCCGGUUACAAAUACGCUCACGGAUGUGAUCCAAGUCUUGAUAGCCUUCGAGCUGGAGCCUCCAAUGUGUGAGAAACCAUAG